AAAAAGAAAAAUUAUAAUUACAGAUAUACAGUGUAUUUUCUCUCCGAAUAUUUGGAGAGAGAGAGGAGAGAGGAAAGAGGAGAGACGUUGAUUGGUAUAUAAGCUACCGAAGCCAAAUCCAAUGCCUCUCGAAUUGGAGAGAGAUUCAAGACAGAGAAAGUGGAGGAGAGAGGGAGGUGGUGAGAGAAAGAGAGGGAGGAUUCUAGAGGGAGCGGCGAGUAAUGGCGGACUCCAGCGAUUCCGUCUCCCUUUAUAUGGAGUCCGCCCCUCUCGCCGGAAAGGAGCAUAUUGUGAAAACUGGUCAUGGUUCUGUAUCGGUUGCCGUUUUUGGAGACCAGGACAAGCCUGCUCUAAUUACAUAUCCCGAUUUAGCUUUAAACUAUAUGUCCUGUUUCCAAGGACUGUUCUUUUGUCCAGAAGCAUUUUCUCUUCUUCUCCACAACUUCUGUAUCUAUCAUAUAAGUCCGCCCGGCCAUGAGCUAGGAGCUGCUGUUGCAGGGCCUGAUGCACCCGCAUUAUCUGUCGAUGAUUUGGCUGAUCAGAUUGCUGAAAUCCUCGACUACUUUGGACUUGGUGCAGUGAUGUGCUUGGGGGUAACAGCUGGGGCUUAUAUUCUUACCCUGUUUGGCAUAAAGUACUCACAGCGUGUUAUGGGUUUGAUUCUUGUUUCUCCUCUAUGCAAAUCUCCAUCUUGGACGGAGUGGUUACACAAUAAGGCUAUGUCAAAUUUACUUUACAUGUGUGGCAUGUGUGGCUUAGUGAAGGAUUUAUUGCUUAUGCGGUACUUCAGCAAGGAAGUACUUGUCAAUGUGGAUAUACCAGAAUCAAAUAUUGUUCAAUCAUGCAGAAGAUUGUUAGGAGAAAGGCAAAGCCCAAAUGUGCUGCGGUUUCUUGAAGCUAUCAAUGGGAGACCAGAUAUUUCCGAAGGCUUGAGAAAACUAAAGUGUCGAUCUUUGAUUUUUGUUGGAGAAAACUCUCCUUUCCACGAUGAGGCUCUCCACAUGACACUGAAUCUAGACCAGAGAUUGACCGCCUUGGUUGAGGUUCGAGCAUGUGGAUCAAUGGUUACUGAAGAACAACCCGAUACGAUGUUGAUACCAUUAGAAUAUUUUCUCAUUGGCUAUGGCUUCCAUAAGCCAUCUCAAUUCAGUAUGAGCCCACGAAGCCCCUUGAGUCCUACUAGCUUUUCACCAGAGCUUUUCUCACCUGAAAGCAUGGGCUUGAAGUUAAAGCCUAUAAAAACCAGAAUCCAGGCAGAAGUGUGAGUCCGAGUAAGACCAAAGCAAAGUUUUUGUAACAAUAUCAAAUAUAUGAGUAUAUAUGUUGGAACAGAAAUGUAGGGUGGGGGAAAUUACAAGAGGCAUGAGUUGAAAUAUUAAAGAAAAAGAAAUUAGAAUAAUAAAGGAAGCAGGGGUAUAGAAAAGGGAAUGAUAUACAGGGAAUAAACAAGGGUUUUCUUCUUUUAAUUAUAAUACAAAUAUAAUAUAAAGAGUUGGGUUGAGUAUUAGUGAUUAAUCUCUCUACAUUCUUGGUCUAAUUAAAUUAUGUAUGAUGAUAAAGCAGAAAAGAAUAAUAAGGCGGGCGAAUAACUUUAUUUUCCGUUUAUUUAUUUAUAUUUACAUUCCAUUUUUUAUAAAGUGUGAAAGAUUUGAUAGAAUUGCCGAACUGGGUAUUAUAUAAGGUUCUGAAACGUCAGUGCUUCCCAAUUAUUUCCCCCCUGGAUCCCCAUUAGAAUAGCAUUUCCUUGCUUUAUUUAUCAUUGAUCUUUAAGGCAACAAAUACAACACCACACAUUCAAAGUCCCAUAAUUGAUAGUGUAUCAUGAAACAGAAAAGAAGAGAAUUCUAGAAUUCCUCACGUUGAAGGAAGUGGAACUAUUUCCCGUUUAAUAAUCUUUAUAGUGAUAUGACAACUCACAGAAUUUUCUAUGUCCAAGCCACAGUCAUGCAGA